AUGGCAACUAACAGUGCAGCGAACAAUGGUGGUGCAUCAUCCUUUUCUCAAAGAGAGAUUAAUAUCAAGUGGACUGAUGAGAUUUCUCUACUGUUCAUAGAGUUGUAUUUAGCUCAACUUGAUAAAGAAAAUUGGGUAGACAAAUUUUUAACAAAAGAAGGUAAAUUAAGUGUGAGGACUAGCUUUAAAGAAGCUACUGGGCUUGAUUUGACAUGGAAAAUUUUUGCAAAUCAUCAUCAUAAUCUAAAAACUUGGUACGAUUGUUACAACCGUCUAUGCAAAUUCACUGGAGUAGCUAUUGAUCAUAACACGGGAAUAAUCAUCAUGGAAAAAGAAUGGUGGAAUGAUCGAAUUCAAGAAAACGAGGUGGCUAAAAGAUUUCGUAAGAAACCUUUGGCAUAUAAAGAUCUCUUGGAAAAAUUGUUUAGUGGAACUCAUAUAGGAAUAGAAGAUGGAUGGUCGGUUGGGAAUGGUCCCGAUGUUUAUCAUCCUCAACAUGGACAUGAGCCAGGGGAGCAAUUUGAUAUAAACACAUCAUCUUUCAUCGAAGAUCCAGACACGUCACGUGGAGCAUCAAACAAUGACAAUCAAUCUGAUUUAUCAAAAGCUUUUUGUGAACGAUCGGAUGCGAUAAAAUCAGCAGCAACAGAGAUGUCAUCAGCUUUAACAUCUGACGUAACCAUGGCUGCACGACAGCUACACCAAAUAUCAGAGAUUGAAUUUGGCACAUCAUUUUAUUGGGAUGCUACAAAGUUACUUUCUGAAGAUGAAGUUGCUCGGAGAUGGCUUAUAGGAAUUCCUGAAAACAAGUUCGCACUUCUUUAUUUGGAGCAAAUGAUUGGCCGUAAACAUGACGAAUAA